UCCCUGAGCUUUCCAGGAUGUUUAAGCGGAUCAUGUGCCUUUUUGGCAGCACCUAUCUGUGUGAAAAGCUCUUCUCCACAAUGAACUUUAAUAAGUCAAAGUUCAGGUCCAAACUUAAAGAUGACCAUCUUAAAGCCAUACUGAGGGUCUCAGUUGCUUCCUCCCUCAAGCCAAAUGUGGAUCAGCUGUGUGAGAGGAAGCGCUGCCAAGUCUCUGGCAGCAAGGAGUAGGAGGAAGUAAGUUAAGCUUAUGUUCUGAAGAACCGUUCAUGUUCUGCACGUUCUGACUUAUUAGUAAAGAUUGAGAAGAUUGGAUCAGUUGUCAGUUUUUUUUAAAUACUUGAAGCCUAUGUUCUGAAGAACCGUUAAUGUUCUGCACGUUCUGACUUAUUAUUAGUAAAGAUUGAGAAGAUUGGAUCAGUUGUCAGGUUUUUUUUUUAUACUUGAAACCCUUUUUUUGUGGAAUACUUGAUGCGGCCCAGCUUCACCCAGAGUCUACCUCCAGCGGCCCCCAGGUAAGUUGAGUUUGAGACCCCUGGGCUAAAGGGAUCACCACAUCUUUUCGGACCGUAAAUGUUUGUCUACGAUUUCCCGCUCAACGACUCACAGUUCAAUCAAGAUAUGUAUAAUCAUAUGUUAACAGUAAUUGUUUCUAAAGGAUUCAGGCUGCAGUUGAUUCUUUCCUCUCCAAAGGAGCUCAGCUUUGAAAUAUGACAACUUAUGUCGCAACAAGAAAGGUUUCUUUUAAUGUGCCAAGUUAGUUUAGCAACAUCAUUUUUUUAAUAUUCUAAAAGGUACGUCAGUAGUGUUUUGACAAAGAGAAUGACAUCUUUGUGAUGAAACAAGAUCUGUUGUUCAAUCAUUUUUUUUAAAUGUAGUUUGCCACCGCAGCAGAGUUCAGUAAAGUUAGAAAGAUAUUCACAGAUUCGGACUUCCCGGCUCAAUAGCUCUCUCACGACACGGAGUUAAAACACAAACAACACCUCUCUGUGAUCGUAGUGAUGUCGACAACAAGCUACAACCUUCAUUUUCCCAAAAAAAGCCGGUCUCCGAGAUCGAUGAAUAACGUUGGUCUCAAUGUGCUAUCAGCUGUGAGACCUAAGCCCAGGGACCGUCUGCAAAAAGCAAUCCAGGAAAAACAUAUUCCAAAAAUAUUCAAUAUAUCCACUGAAAGAUUGUGAAGGCUGACAGAACUUAUACCAUACGUCAAAUGGCCACCCACACUUUUAAUUUGAAAUAUCUCCGAAUUGGGACAGUAGAUAUGUCUGAUUCCCAGGAUAAUGGAAGUCAGGAUUGUCUUGAACACAGCUGCACAAGUCAAUGCCAGGGGUUGUGAGGAAAAACAUAUAUAAAGCACCUCAAACAUUAAGUAAAUUACCGAUUACUCGUAAACAUUUAGGACUUUUACUUUGAAAUAUCUCCCAAUUGGGACCGUAGAUAUGCCUUAUUCCCAGGAUACGGGAAGUCAGGAUUGUCUUGAACACAGCUGCAUCAGACACUGCCGGGGGUUUUGAGGAAAAACAUAUAUAAAGCACCUCAAACAUGAAAGAAAUGACCGAUUUCUCGUAAACAUUUAGGACUUUUACUUUGAAAUAUCUCCCAAUUGGGACCGUAGAUAUGCCUUAUUCCCAGGAUACUGGAAGUCAGGAUUGUCUUGCACACAGCUGCAUCAGACACUGCCGGGGGUUUUGAGGAAAAACAUAUAUAAAGCACCUCAAACAUGAAAGAAAUGACCGAUUUCUCGCAAACAUUUAGGACUUUUACUUUGAAAUAUCUCCCAAUUGGGAUCGUAGAUAUGUCUGAUUCCCAGCAUAAUGGAAGUCAGGAUUGUCCUGAACACAGCUGCAUCAGUCAAUGCCGGGGGUUAUGAGCAAAAACAUAUAAAGCACUUCAAACAUUAAAGAAAUGACCGUUUUCUUUAAACAUUUUGGACAUUUACUUUGAAAUAUCUCCCAAUUGGGACCGUAGAUAAGUUUGAAUUCCAGGAUAAUGGAAGUCAGGACUGUCUUGAACACUGCUGCAUCAUUCAUUUCCUGGAACUCUUGGGGAAAUCAAUAUACAGGAAUUUUUUAACAUACAAAAGUCUGAGUUUUAUUUUUAUAAACUCUUCCUUGGUACAGUAAAAAAGUUUUAAUGUUAGCAUAAUUUAAGCUAAAUCUCAGAAACAAUCUAUAAAGAUUCAAAAUCAGUUAAUUGUUUACUUGUAUAUGCUAGUGUAUGAUUUGUUGACAUCUUAUUUUGAAAACCGGAUGUUGUGUCACGUGAAUCCUUCCGCUAACUUCAUCAAAACCCUCGCGCGUUCCCGAUCGAAUGCGUUUACCGUCAGCAUCAGUCUAUAGGUGCACAGAAAUGUAAGUGUCGGCUGCGUUGACCAAGGAGAUCCGAGUGUCGGCUGAGUUGACCGCAGUCCAGACAGCCGGCAGAAUUGAGACGUCCUGGUGAGGGACGUCUUUGAACUGUUUACUUCCUGUGGUCGUCACUGCUGAUGUCUUGUUUUGUACAGGAGGUUCCCUCUUGAUCACAUAUUAUUUCUAAUGUCACAAGUAUGAGAGUGGUAUCCCCUUCCUCUAAAGCCCACAAAUCAACACGUUAUGUCUGUAUAAUAUGCAUAAAAACUAAAGUGUGUACAAACGGUCACGUGCUAUACUGCUUCGUCAGGCAGCAUAUGUUUCACCACACACACACCUCCAAAAAAGCUGAUGAGGAAGUAGUCACGUAUUCACAGUGUUUUCUUCCUCGCUGUUUUUUUCUUUCUUAGCGGCGAACAGUCACUUCCUCCUACAAGAGCAGCUUCACACACAAAAGCACACACACACACACACACACACACACACACACACACACACACACAGCUCUGCUUCUCAGAGAGCCGCACAGGGACUGAGUGCAGCUCUCUCACACACACACACACACACACACACACACAUACACACACACAGAGUCUCCGAUCCACCACCUGCUGAAUAUGUCGUUUCCACGGAGACGCUGACAAGUGAGGAGGCAAGAAAGAGUCUCCCAGCUGGACCAGACUCGAAGGACCGAGGAAGAGAAGAGUCCCCCGGCGAACUGGACUUGUCGGACCUAGGAGAGGAACAGUCCGCCAGCCGGACCAGGGCCGAGGAGAGGAAGCACGUGUUCUGGAUCCACGUCCGCUAUGGACCACCAGAUGCAGCAGCACGCCAAGGUGGAGCGGUUUCUCAAGUUGGGGUACUCGCACAGUAACAUCCUGCGGGUGCUGGAGAGCCUGCACCAUGACGCCCAGACCAACGACAUCCUGGAGGAGCUGAUCAAGACCUGUCACACUAGCAGCGGCAAAGAAAGUGUCCCCAACAGCCCCAAGCUGGUGUCAAGGGGCUGCAGCCCUGGUCCCAGUCUACCCAGACCCGGAUCAGACAGAGAGCCAGUCGCUGGCUUCAGACCAGUGGUUAUCGAUGGAAGCAACGUGGCCAUGAGCUAUGGCGACAAGAAGGUGUUUUCGUGCCAGGGCCUCCAGCUGGCGGUGAGCUGGUUCUGGGACAAAGGGCUGCGAGACAUCACCGUGUUUGUUCCCCUGUGGAGGAAAGAGCAGCCGCGGCCCGAGGCGCCCAUCACAGAUCAGCAUGUCCUCCAUGAGCUGGAGAGGAGGAAGAUCCUGGUGUACACGCCGUCGCGCUGCGUCAACGGCAAGAGGGUGGUGUGCUACGACGACCGCUACAUCAUCAAGCUGGCUGUCGACUCGGACGGCAUCAUCGUGUCCAACGACAACUACCGCGACCUGCAGACGGAGAACCCCCAGUGGAAGAAGUUCAUCGAAGAGCGGCUGCUGAUGUACACCUUCGCGAAUGACAAGUUCAUGCCUCCAGACGAUCCUCUGGGGAGAAAUGGUCCCACCAUUGAUGAUUUUCUGCGGAAGAAGUCGUGGACCCCGGAGAACAAGCUGCAGCACUGUCCCUACGGAAAGAAGUGUACUUACGGAGUCAAGUGCAAGUUCUACCACCCGGAGCGGGCCAACCAAUCGCAGCUGUCCGUGGCCGAUGAGCUGAGGGCGCUGAGAGACAAAGCAAAGAACUUCUCUCCCAAACCGAGCCUGCCGGACACGCACUGCUGCCCUGCUGCCUAUCAGCCGGAGCUCAGAUACACAUCGUCCACCCCUCCGCCCCUGAGCUUAGAGGAUCGGUCCCACAGCGAGCAGUUCAUUUAUCACAGGGACGCCGGUAGCCCGAGAAGCCAACCCAACACAAGCCUCCACCUCUGCCCGAGCCCGGAGGUGGACGAGGCCUUUGGCUCCAUGGAGAGCUCUAUGUCCAGGCUCUACAUCCAGGAUUCUCUCUUCAGCUUGGAGCGUCAUCAACACAGCUUCAGCAGCGGCGUGGCCAGCUACAGCCUGAGCCAUGACGACUCCUCCCUCUCAGGGUCCUUCGGCGGGAACACCCAGAGGCCCUGCCUGGGCGGGGGAGGUUACUACCCUCAUCAAAACGGCUCGUUGCCAUGUGAAUGCCCCACCUGCAGCCAGUGCAGGUGCGGCCACCAUGAGACGAGGACGGGCCACCAGCAACAGCCGGCGUGGGCCUCCUGCCCCGCUCUGCCUCCACAUAACGGGGCACAUCAUGGCCGCUUCUUGGAGAAGGAGUGCUGGAGGCAGCCCUAUCACAGACAAAGCCACAGCUUGCCGAGGGACCCUUGGGUGCAGGGCCGAGCCAAGAACCCGUCGGGCGAGCAGAGGAAGGGCUUGAGGAGUCAACUGAGCACCCUCUUCCCUCAGAGCACGGUGGAGCAGGUCAUGAAUAAUUACCCACACAUCUCAGACAUGAGCGAACUGAUUUCUCUCAUCCAGAGCUCCAGGACCAGUCACAUCUCUUUCUAGAUUAGAAAGGAACUUUUUUUAAUGAUUAGUUCUGACUCAAACUGAGUCCACACAGUUCCCAUCCCAGAAGCAAAGUGAAAACUGAAAGAAAAGAAAAAAAGAUAAUGUUUUUUUUCAUUUUCUUAAUUAUCACUGGUGCUUGGACGCAUUCCUAACUUUCCCUGUAUUUUCAGCAUUACAAGUGACUCAAUCUGAUGAAGUCUUGAAAACGUAGCAGGCCGAAUGCUAUUUCUUUAAUAUAAAAGUGCAAUGCACUACGCUGCAUACAUGCUACUUAUUGUAGCAGUGAACAUCGUUUAUUAAAGCAGCACGUGUUGUUUUCUCAAGUAACCUCAAAGUGAGGAACUCUAUUGUCGUGUUCUACACUCGUGUAAAUAAAUGAGCCUUGGACUUGUUGUUAUAUGAAUUAUGUCUUUUUUGCUGUCCCUGUGAAAUAAAAGCACUCAAAUUGCU